GAGAGCGCAGGGGCAAGUGUCGCGAUAAGUGGGCGCGGGCGGAGCGGAGGGAGAUCCGAGCGGCGGCGGCAAGCUGGCUGCGGUCGUCUGAGCAGCACUCCAAGCUCGCCGGCCUUUCGUCUCUAGGACUUGUCCCAGCAGUCCCUCGAACUGAGAAUUACACCAUUGGCCCUCCUGGCUCUGAGGCCUUCAGACUUGGACUGUGUCACACUGCCAGGCUUCUAGGGCUCCGGCUUGCAGACGGCCUGUUGUGGGACAGUCUCUCUAAUCGCGAAAGCAACCAUGGAAGACCUGGGGGAAAACACCACGGUUUUAUCCACCCUGAGAUCUUUGAACAACUUCAUCUCUCAGCGUGUGGAGGGAGGAUCUGGACUGGAUGUUUCCACCUCGGCCCCAGGUUCUCUGCAGAUGCAGUACCAGCAGAGCAUGCAGCUGGAGGAAAGAGCAGAGCAGAUCCGUUCGAAGUCCCACCUCAUCCAGGUGGAGCGGGAGAAGAUGCAGAUGGAGCUAAGUCACAAGAGGGCUCGAGUGGAGCUGGAGAGAGCGGCCAGCACCAGUGCCAGGAACUAUGAGCGCGAGGUCGACCGCAACCAGGAGCUACUGACGCGCAUCCGGCAGCUUCAGGAGCGGGAGGCCGGGGCGGAGGAGAAGAUGCAGGAGCAGCUGGAGCGCAACAGGCAGUGUCAGCAGAACCUGGAUGCUGCCAGCAAGAGGCUGCGUGAGAAAGAGGACAGCCUGGCCCAGGCCGGCGAGACCAUCAACGCACUGAAGGGGAGGGUCUCGGAACUGCAGUGGAGCGUGAUGGACCAGGAGAUGCGGAUGAAGCGCCUGCAGUCGGAGAAGCAGGAGCUGCAGGAACAGCUGGACCUGCAACACAAAAAAUGCCAGGAAGCCAAUCAGAAAAUCCAGGAACUCCAGGCCAGCCAAGAAGCAAGAGCAGACCACGAGCAGCAGAUUAAGGUCUCUUCGUGGCUCAUGUUUCCCCUCUUCUCUGUCCCUGGCCUCCAUCAGGAUCUGGAGCAGAAGCUGUCCCUGCAAGAGCAGGAUGCAGCAAUUGUGAAGAACAUGAAGUCUGAGCUGGUGCGGCUCCCUAGGCUGGAACGGGAGCUGAAGCAGCUGCGGGAGGAGAGCGCGCGCCUGCGGGAGAUGAGAGAGACCAACGGGCUGCUCCAGGAAGAGCUGGAAGGGCUGCAGAGGAAGCUGGGGCGCCAGGAGAAGAUGCAGGAGACGCUGGUUGGCUUGGAGCUGGAGAACGAGAGGCUGCUGGCCAAGCUGCAAAGCUGGGAGAGACUGGACCAGACCACGGGCCUGAGCAUCAGGACUCCAGAAGACCUUUCCAGAUUCGUGGUUGAGCUGCAGCAGAGGGAGCUUGCCUUGAAGGACAAGAACAGCGCUGUCACCAGCAGUGCCCGGGGGCUGGAGAAGGCCAGGCAGCAGCUGCAGGAGGAGCUCCGGCAGGUCAGUGGCCAGCUGUUGGAGGAGAGGAAGAAGCGCGAGACCCACGAGGCGCUGGCCCGGAGGCUCCAGAAACGGGUCCUGCUGCUCACCAAGGAGCGAGACGGUAUGCGGGCCAUCCUGGGGUCCUACGACAGCGAGCUGACCCCAGCUGAGUACUCGCCCCAGCUGACGCGGCGCAUGCGGGAGGCCGAGGAUAUGGUGCAGAAGGUGCACAGCCACAGCGCCGAGAUGGAGGCUCAGCUGUCACAGGCCCUGGAGGAGCUGGGAGGCCAGAAACAAAGAGCAGACAUGCUGGAGAUGGAGCUGAAGAUGCUAAAGUCUCAGUCCAGCUCUGCCGAACAGAGUUUCCUGUUCUCCAGGGAGGAGGUGGACACGCUCAGGUUGAAGGUCGAGGAGCUGGAGGGCGAGCGGAGUCGGCUGGAGGAGGAAAAGAGGAUGCUGGAGGCGCAGCUGGAGCGGCGCACGCUGCAGGGUGACUAUGACCAGAGCAGGACCAAAGUGCUGCACAUGAGCCUGAACCCCACCAGUGUGGCCAGGCAGCGCCUGCGCGAGGACCACAGCCAGCUGCAGGCGGAGUGCGAGCGACUGCGCGGGCUCCUGCGCGCCAUGGAGAGAGGAGGCACCGUCCCAGCCGACUUUGAGGCUGCCGCCGCGAGUCUGCCAUCGUCCAAGGAGGUGGCAGAGCUGAAGAAGCAGGUGGAGAGCGCCGAGCUGAAGAAUCAGCGGCUCAAGGAGGUUUUCCAGACCAAGAUCCAGGAGUUCCGCAAGGCCUGCUACACGCUCACCGGCUACCAGAUUGACAUCACCACGGAGAACCAGUACCGGCUGACCUCGCUGUACGCCGAGCACCCGGGUGACUGCCUCAUCUUCAAGGCCACCAGCCCCUCGGGCUCCAAGAUGCAGCUACUGGAGACGGAGUUCUCGCACACUGUGGGCGAGCUCAUCGAGGUGCACCUGCGGCGCCAGGACAGCAUCCCCGCCUUCCUCAGCUCGCUCACCCUCGAGCUCUUCAGCCGCCAGACCGUGGCCUAGCCUGCAGACUCAGGGGCAUAGCUGGAGCCACUCUGCUUGGCCUGACCUGCAGGUCCCCUGCCCCGCCAGCCACAGGCUGGGUGCACGUCCUAUCUCUCCAUCCCUACAGGGCAGCGGGAUGACUGACAGACACGCUGGGACCUACGUCGGGCUUCCUGCUGGGGCGGCCAGCACCCUCCCCACGUGCAGACCCCAUGCGUCCCGGAGCCUGGUGUGUGGGUGUCGGCCACCAGUCCGGGUUCCUCACCUUGUGAAAUAAAGUCUUCUCCCCUAGACA